GAUUCAUUCAUGGUUCACGCCUUAAUGUUUUGUUGUGGUCUUAAAGGUAAUUUGUACAAGUGGCAUUUCUGAUGCAUUUGAAAUGUUUACUCUGAUGACAUCACUGAAUAAUAGUUCUGUAUUAUGAUUUUGUAGAAACGAUCAAGUGCGGAAAGGUGUUUUAAAUCUUAUUUAUUUAACUAAGAAAUUAUCCAUUUAUGGAUAUAAAUUUUAAAAGCAGUAUCAUUAGACUAAUUGUGGAUCAUCUUUAAGUAUUAUUAUGGCUGAGCAACCCAUUAAUAAUGCUGCUCCAACUACAGCUAACAUCGUCAAAGAGGGAUGGUUAUUUAAAAGAGGUGAGCAUAUAAAGAAUUGGCGACCACGUUAUUUUGUCUUAUUUGAUGAUGGAUCUUUAAUGGGUUAUAAGAAUAAGCCAGAAUUAGGAACUGCCGAUCCGCUGAAUAACUUUACUGUGAAAGGAUGCCAGAUUAUGAGCGUUGAUAGACCAAAGCCGUAUACCUUCAUUAUUAGAGGACUUCAAUGGACAACUGUGAUUGAACGGACUUUUCAUGUCGAAACUGAAAGGGAGCGGGAAGAAUGGGUCGCUGCUAUCCAAAGAGUGUCUGAUAGGCUGUCUGAAUCAGAUGAUGUUGAAAUGCGAGUGGAAAAUCCUGGUGCUAAUGAGGGUGGUGGUGAAGGGUUUGUGUCAACGGUUGAAGAAUUAAGUGUAAAAUUCUCGGAACAAGGGACAUCAAACAGUAAGAGUUCAGGAAAGAAGAAAGUUACAUUAAAAAACUUUGAAUUUUUAAAAGUCCUUGGUAAAGGAACAUUUGGCAAAGUAAUUUUAUGUCGUGAAAAAGCUACUGGUCGAUUGUACGCAAUAAAGAUUUUGAAGAAAGAAGUUAUUAUUCAGAAGGAUGAAGUUACUCAUACUUUAACUGAAAAUAGGGUGCUUCGAACAACCAGUCAUCCAUUUCUAAUUUCUUUGAAGUACUCAUUCCAAACUGCCGAUCGUUUGUGUUUUGUCAUGGAAUAUGUUAAUGGAGGUGAGUUGUUCUUCCAUCUUUCUCGAGAGAGGGUAUUCAGUGAAGACCGAACAAGAUUUUAUGGAGCUGAAAUUAUUUCUGCCCUAGGAUAUCUUCACGAGGAGGGUAUCAUUUAUAGAGAUCUGAAACUUGAGAAUCUUCUGUUGGACAAGGAUGGGCACAUUAAAAUAGCAGAUUUUGGCUUGUGUAAAGAGGAUAUCACUUACGGCAGGACUACCAAGACAUUCUGCGGUACUCCUGAAUAUCUGGCUCCUGAGGUUUUGGAAGACAACAACUACGGACGUGCUGUGGAUUGGUGGGGCGUUGGAGUAGUCAUGUAUGAAAUGAUGUGUGGCCGUCUUCCUUUCUACAACAAAGAUCAUGAUGUUCUCUUUACUCUUAUUCUUAUGGAAGAAGUGAAAUUUCCCCGGUCAAUUUCUAGCGAAGCAAGAGAUCUCCUUGGAGGCCUCCUGGUUAAGGACCCUAAUCGAAGAUUAGGAGGUGGCCCAGAUGAUGCCAAGGACAUCAAGGCUCAUGUCUUUUUCUCAUCUAUUAAUUGGACUGAUUUGUAUCAAAAAAAGAUCCAACCUCCAUUCAAACCAUUAGUUACUUCAGACACUGAUACUAGCUACUUCGAUUCUGAAUUUACUGGAGAGUCUGUUGAACUGACUCCUCCUGAAAACGCUCAUCUAAAUAGCAUUGCUGAGGAAAAUGAUUCAACACAACCUUACUUCCCACAAUUCAGCUAUCAGUGUGUUGGAUCGACUCUGGGAAGUUCAACUGCAAAAAGCCUCAGUGCAAGCUCUCUUGUACAUAAUUAAAUACAUACACAUUUAUGUUCACACAUAUUUACAAGUGUAUAUAAGAAUCGUAUCGGGCCUCACUACAUCGAAUUAACUAAUGGAGAUAUACUGUUGGUCUCAUUUGUAAAUGUUAAUGUAUGCAGUGUACUGUGAAUUUUUUUUUUUUUUUUUCUAUUCAAAUAUCUCAUCUAAAAACAUUUCUAAACUAGAACAUAUUGAUAAAAAAAAAUAUUCGGAGCUGUAAGGAUAUUUAUUUUAAAAUAUUGUAGAUAGUUUAUUUCUUUUCCUUUCCUUUACUGUAUUUUAGGAAUUCAUUGUGAAGAAUUUUUUUGGUGUUGAAACUUGUCAUGCAUUUAUUUGUAUAGUGGUUGACAUUUUUGGGGGAUAGGAAUCAUUUGUAUGAAGUAUUGUUUAUUGUUGGCAAGUAUAAUUUAUGUUGUAUAAAGUGAUAAAUUCGACAGUGAAAGGUUACUUUUUCUAGUUAUACAUUUGACAAGUUAAUUUAAAAGUAAAAAAUAAAAUUUUUUAAAAAAGUUGUUAACAUUCUAAAAAAUAAUAAGAAAAAUAAAAAAAGCAUAACGAUUCUGACAACUUUCCCGUUGUAAAAAUUUGUUUAGAAAUUUUUGAAAAUUAUUGUAUUUUGUAUGUAUUUGUUUCUAAUUUUAAUAAAAAAUGUAAAUAUUAAAUCUGAAAGAAUUGAUGUUUUAAAUUGUUGUAAAUAUAUUUGCAUGACAUUUUUUUUUCUUUUGUUGAAAUUAAAUUAUUAUGAGUGAUUCAUUUAUUAUAAGAGGUUAAGAUUUGUCUGAAUUUUAAAUAUUUUGCAUUUGUUCAUUUAUGUACUCUAAAGCAUAAACGUUGUUGUAUUUAUUAAUGGUAUAUGUAUUAGACUUAGCAUAUCAGUAAUAUAGAGAAAUGGAUAGAGACUGUAAUGUCCGAAAAGUUAUAUAAUUUUAUUCCAUUGUCAAAAUAAAUAAAUUUUUAAAGAUCUAAAAAUUAUGGUUAGUAAUAAAGUUUAUAAUUAAUAUUUUGCCGAGGAAUUUAAAUUUAUUAAACAAAUAAUAGGUAAAUAUAAAUUUUUUAGAAAAAUAUAAAAUAAUAUGAAAAAAUAUCUAUUGAAAAAAAAAGAAGGAAAAGGUCCAAUUGGACGCACAACUUUGUGAUAAAUGUAAGAAUAAAAUAGUACUGGUGUGUGUUGAGUACAUUGCCAUUAAUCUGCAAGAAUAUAAUUGUAAGAAAAUAAAAUGGUGCUGCCAUAAUCUUAAAUUUACACAUUUGAAUAAUAAUUACAUUUAAAUACUAUAUUUUUUAUUAAGAUAUCCCAAAAUAUUACUUCUAAGUAAAUUCUUUUUUAAGUUAGGUACAAUUAGCCUUGAUUGUAUAAACAAGUGGAUUAUUCAGUCCAAGGAGACCUAUUCAUGUUUAAGUAGGUCUCAUUAUUUUGACACAUGCUUAAAUCAACAUUCGAUGUGUCUACUCAAUAUCAGAAUAUCUUUUAUAUUAUUAUACUGCUUGGGCAGUAAAUAAGAUUAUAUCGCUUGUUGAAGUUACUGGG